GUCUAAACAGCCACGUUACCCCUUAAAGGUGAGUAACAGUUGUCUUACAGCAUAAUGAAUGGAUACAGUUUGGUAUUUUUGUUUGUAUUGUGACAUUGAUUCUCUUCCUUUGAUUGUUGAUAAUAGAAUGUGUGUAAGCUGCUGCAGUGGGCAUGUUGGAAUGAAGUGGAUGUUGCAACAAAGAUUGCAGAGAAGUUUUGUCAAUCAGUGGAGAAGGAGUCUGGUCGCACUUUACUUCACUUUGCUGCUGAACUUGACCAUCACGAGGCAAUCGCGUGUCUGUUGGAGAAGAAGGCUGAUGCAGAUGCUAAAGAUAAGUAUGGGGAGAGACCUUUUGAUUUUGCUGUGAGAAGAGGUCACAUGUCAACAGCUAAUCGGUUGUUAUCAAUAAUGCAGUCAGUUGGAGAUGUUGCAUUAAAGAAUGUGUGUAAGCUGCUGCAGUGGGCAUGUUGGAAUGAAGUGGAUGUUGCAACAAAGAUUGCAGAGAAGUUUUGUCAAUCAGUGGAGAAGGAGUCUGGUCGCACUUUACUUCACUUUGCUGCUGAACUUGACCAUCACGAGGCAAUCGCGUGUCUGUUGGAGAAGAAGGCUGAUGCAGAUGCUAAAGAUAAGUAUGGGGAGAGACCUUUUGAUUUUGCUGUGAGAAGAGGUCACAUGUCAACAGCUAAUCGGUUGUUAUCAAUAAUGCAGUCAGUUGGAGAUGUUGCAUUAAAGAAUGUGUGUAAGCUGCUGCAGUGGGCAUGUUGGAAUGAAGUGGAUGUUGCAACAAAGAUUGCAGAGAAGUUUUGUCAAUCAGUGGAGAAGGAGUCUGGUCGCACUUUACUUCACUUUGCUGCUGAACUUGACCAUCACGAGGCAAUCGCGUGUCUGUUGGAGAAGAAGGCUGAUGCAGAUGCUAAAGAUAAGUAUGGGGAGAGACCUUUUGAUUUUGCUGUGAGAAGAGGUCACAUGUCAACAGCUAAUCGGUUGUUAUCAAUAAUGCAGUCAGUUGAAGACGUUGCAUUAGAGAAUGUGUGUAAGCUGCUGCAGUGGGCAUGUAGGAAUGAAGUGGAUGUUGCAACAAAGAUUGCAGAGAAGUUUUGUCAAUCAGUGGAGAUGGAGUCUGGUCGCACUUUACUUCACUUUGCUGCUGAACUUGACCAUCGUGAGGCAAUCGCGUGUCUGUUGGAGAAGAAGGCUGAUGCAGAUGCUAAAGAUAAGUAUGGGGAGAGACCUUUUGAUUUUGCUGUGAGAAGAGGUCACAUGUCUACAGCUGAUCGGUUGUUAUCAAUAAUGCAGUCAGUUGAAGACGUUGCAUUAAAGAAUGUGUGUAAGCUGCUGCAGUGGGCAUGUAAGAAUGAAGUGGAUGUUGCAACAAAGAUUGCAGAGAAGUUUUGUCAAUCAGUGGAGAUGGAGUCUGGUCGCACUUUACUUCACUUUGCUGCUGAACUUGGUCAUCGUGAGGCAGUCGCGUGUCUGUUGGAGAAGAAGGCUGAUGCAGAUGCUAAAGAUAAGAAUGGUAAGAGACCCUACCAACUGGUGUAUGGUGAACUGAGAAGACGACUGAUGAAAACAAUAGAUGAACAGAAGUUUGUUGCGCUGUAUGCUGAGGGCACAGUGAGGCCAGAAAUCAUGAAAUUAUGUUUCAUUGGUUCAGAAGGAGCAGGAAAGACGACACUCAUGGAGGCUCUCAAACGAGGAUGGAUAGAAUGGAUUUUUUCAAAUGAGAACAAACCAGAUGACCCAAAAUGUGAAGACGAACGCACCAUUGGUAUCAACGUGAUGACAGUCGAUAUUCCGGGAGUGGGUCGCUUGUCACUGUGGGACUAUGCAGGUCAAGGGCAGUUCCACAAAACACAUGGCCUUUUUUUUUCUUCAUCCAACUCGUUCUUCAUCCUGCUAGUAAGUCUAGUAAGAGGAAAGGAGAGACGACUGUGCACUGUUGAGGAGUUGCGACAAGAGCUUUGCUAUUGGCUCUCAUUUCUCAGAGCCAGUUUGGAUGCAGAGUUUAUACCCACAGUGUUGAUAGCUGCCAGUCACAGAGAUUACUAUCCACAGCGUCAGCAUGACGUGGAGCUUGUAGUCGAUUACAUCCGUGAGCUGUUCGAAGGCAAGAUCAACAUUGUUGAAUAUUGCAUUGUUCUCGACUGCAGGAAGAGUUCAUCUUCUGAAAUGAAGCAACUUAAAACGUUUCUAUGUGAUGUGAAACAAAAAUUUCAGCAGUCUGCUCCUCUGUAUCCUCGUCUUUGUCAGCCAGUCAUGUCCCAGUUGCUUCCUUCUCUUCGUAAGAAACAAGAAGAUCCGUUCACGGAGAAGGCAACACUCAUGGAGAUGAUUGAGCAGAAAGCAUGUCCAGGACAAGAGAAGAAGAUUGUAGAGAAGGUAGUUGAUUUUUUAAAUGAUUCAGGAGAGAUUGCUGUUGCUGGUGAUGUGGUAGCUCUUAGUCCUGCAUCUCUACAUCAUUAUGCCAUCGGUCCUCUCAUUGCUUCUAAGGAUUUCAAGUGGCACGUCAAGUCUGAAAUGAAUGAUGGCACGGUAACAAGAGAAGAAGCAGAAAAGUCAAUCAGUCGUUUUCUGAGAGAUAAGAAGAUUCAAGUUCAACUCAACACAGAUAAAAUCCUUGCAAUAAGUAAAUCUCUUGGUAUCUGCUUCAAAGUGGAAGGCAGAGACAACGCGUACAUGUUUCCAGCUCUCUUACCUUCUAAGGAUCUGUCUGUGAUGUGGAAGAGAGAUGAGAGUAAGAAAGUGUAUGUCGGUCGACGUCAAGUGUGCAGCAGUCAGACGACCAUCUUCAGUCCAUCUGCAUUUGGCAUGUUUCAAUCUAAAGCUUGCACUACAUUAGAUAAGAAAGCACAGCUGUGGAGGAAUGGACUGAUCACAUCACAAGGUGAUACAGUUCAGUUUUAUGUCGAGUGUUUGGUUGCCAUGGUAGAUUCUGUUCGUUCUGUCGACUUUGUAUGUCGUGGAGGUAAUGCAACAGAAGCGGAAUGUGUUUCCCUGCUCGACACUGUCAUGUCUCUUUGGAGAGAUAUGUUAGACAGAUACAGUCCAGGCACUGAAUAUAAGACUGAAUAUCUGAGCAGAAAGCAUUUACAGGAACACAAAGAACUGAAAAAAGUUGCUGUUUACUCUGAGAAGGAAAUUGAAGACGCGAUAAAAACAAAAACGGGAGCAAAUGCUGCUGUAAGACAAGUAGUUGGUGAUGAGCGAGUGGUAGAAAGUCUUGGUGACCUGCUGGUUAUUCUCCCUUCCAAACAAGCAACUCCACUUUCUCCCAGUCCAGUCAUGAAGGCUGUUAUUGAGUAUGGUGUAGAUCAAUGGCAUUCAUUUGGAGAAAGAUUAGGUUUUAAUUUCUCUCAGAUUAGUGCCAUGUCUCAUGACAAAGUGUCUCCUGCUGAUAAAUUAUCUGCAAUUAUUCAAGUGAAGACUGAGGAAGUUGGUGAUAAGAAGAUGGAUGAUCUGCUACUGCAGGCAUGUGCACUGUUGCCGGAUCCCAUUCAUGCAGCAGUCAAGAGAAGCUUGUCACCUUCCCAAUAUGAUUGUAGGUCAUAAGUGUGACCGUUAUAUAAACAUUAUAGUCCCAUAAAUUGGCAUAAUGUCUGUGUUUGUGUGGAGAGUGUGAAUUGUGUGUAUCUGCAAGCAAUCAUAGUGAUACUGAUACUUGGUGUAAACAGAAUUUCAUGUCAUCAUCAGACAUCAUGCUAAUACAUGUAUUGUUGUAUUUUCUGUAUUUAUUGAGACAAAUACAGAGUUUACAUGUAAUUGUCAAUAAUAAAACUGAACAUUGAU